UUUCUCUCUAAAGCUAAGACCAGUGGUUGUGGCUACUGUCAUUAGCAGCUGUCAUGAAUAAGGAGAGUUUUAGUGCUGGCGAACAAUUGGUGUCGCCAGCAUAUAUCCGCCAGGGCAUGCAGGCUCGGCGCACGCACGAGGAGCUCAUACGAAUCCUGCUAGAGAAGGGUAAAUGCCCUCAAGAUGCCUGGGAUGAAAGCACAACUGAACUUUUCCUACAGGAGCUUGCAGUCAUGGACAGCAAUAAUUUCCUUGGCAAUUGUGGAGUUGGGGAGCGAGAAGGAAGAGUGGCGUCUAGCUUGGUUUCUCGACGGCAUUACCGAUUAAUACAUGGGAUUGGAAGGUCUGGUGAUAUAUCAGCAGUCCAGCCAAAGGCAGCGGGGUCCAGCCUUUUGAAUAAGCUAACAAAUGCAAUAAUGUUGGACAUUAUAAAAAUGUCUGGUGUACGAACAGCGACCAGCUGCUUUGUGGUUCCCAUGGCAACUGGCAUGAGUUUAACCCUUUGCUUUUUGACUCUCCGAUAUAAAAGGCCAAAGGCAAAAUAUAUCAUAUGGCCAAGGAUAGACCAAAAAUCAUGUUUCAAAUCGAUGAUCACUGCAGGUUUCGAGCCAGUCAUCAUAGAAAAUGUGUUGGAAGGAGAUGAGUUGCGAACAGACAUAAACUCUGUAGAGACCAAAAUUCAGGAGCUUGGAUCUGAGAAUAUCCUCUGUGUUCAUUCUACUACUUCCUGUUUUGCUCCCCGGGUACCUGACAGGUUGGAAGAAUUGGCAGUGAUCUGUGCAAAGUAUGAUGUUCCCCACAUCGUCAAUAAUGCUUAUGGUGUUCAGUCCUCAAUAUGUAUGCAUCUUAUCCAGCAGGGUGCCAGAUUAGGCAGAAUUGAUGCAUUUGUACAAAGCCUUGAUAAGAAUUUUAUGGUUCCAGUAGGUGGCGCUGUUAUCGCUGGUUUUAACGAUGCAUUCAUCCAAGAAAUAAGCAAAAUGUACCCAGGGAGAGCAUCUGCCUCUCCAUCUCUGGAUGUCCUCAUAACACUGCUGUCUCUUGGUGCAAGUGGGUAUAAGAAUCUCUUGAAAGAAAGGAAGGAAAUGUUUGUUUAUCUUUCCAAUGAACUAGAAAAAUUAGCCACGACCCACAAUGAGCGGCUGUUAAAUACACCACACAAUCCUAUCUCUUUAGCAAUGUCUUUAAAUAAUCUGGACGAAGUGAGUGGUACCUCUGUUACACAGCUUGGAUCUAUGCUAUUUACCAGACAAGUAUCCGGUGCUAGAGUUGUGGCACGUGGAACAUCACAGACAAUUAAUGGAUACAUUUUUAAUGGCUUUAUGUCUCACAGUAAUAGUUACCAGUGUGCGUAUCUGAACGCAGCUUCAGCAGUUGGCAUUAAAAAGCAUGAUGUUGACAUGUUUAUCAAAAGACUUGACAAAUGCCUCCGGCUGUGCCGAAAGGAGAAACAUUUAGUAGAAUCGGAACCAAGACUUCUUCAGCAAACCACAGAAGACGAUGUGUCUAAAUUAACUCAAAACCUUGGCGAUUUUUUACAAGUGGAAAAUGCAUCUCAAUAGCUGUUGACUUUAUAUAUGCAAAUUAUUUCCAUCUUGGAGAACAUUUAUUGAAACUGCAAUGCAGCUGAUAAAUAUUAUGUUUGUUGAUGACACCAUUUAAAGUUGUUUUUUUAAACCUAAAAUGUAUAAUUAUCAACUCCGUGCAAAUUUUUGUUGUUGUUGCUCAUUUUAUAGAAAUAAGUGUCCUUAUGAAUACAAAGUAAACUAGAAAAAUAAUGCAUUGUGGCCAAAAGUGGGUUUACGUUUAAUGCACAAUUGUUUUUUUUAAUUAGCUGUUUUAGAACAAUAGAAUGGAUGGAGCAUUAUGCAGUAUUUUUUUUAACAUUGUUAUGGCAAUCUCUGGCAAACCCCGAUUUUUAAAUCCAAAUCAGCUAGACCAGCAAACUAUAAUUUUGCUUUAAAUAAAAAAAAAAAAAACUGCCCUUAACUUCCACAGUUUACAUUGUUAUUGCUUUGUUUUUGCAUAUAAAAACUUGAUCCAGAAUGUUUGAUUUAAACUUCACUUUUUUUUUCCCAAUAAAAACUACCCGUAUCACA